UCCUAGGGCCCCCUGCCCGAGAGCAGGCGGUAUUGUUCUGGGGACGCUUCCACCCCUACCCUCCCUCCGAGCUCCCCUUUGUACGCGGGACGGGGCAGGAUUCCCGGCUUUGGUAGUCGGCACCGAGGCCUGGCGCUGGAGGCAUCCUACUGGAAAGCUGUAAGAGACCUUAGAAGUCUUUUAGCUCUGAACACUCAGGACAAUGGCCAUGCAGAUGCAGUUUGAAGCUAGUGCAGACACCUCGGUGGAAGAAGAAAAUAUUGGCCCACAGCCCAUUUCAAGACUGGAGCAAUGUGGCAUAAAUGCCAAUGACCUGAAGAAAUUGGAAGAAGCUGGAUACCACACAGUUGAGGCUGUUGCCUAUGCGCCAAAAAAGGAACUAAUAAAUGUUAAAGGCAUUAGUGAAGCCAAAGCUGAUAAGAUCCUGGCUGAGGCUGCUAAAUUGGUCCCAAUGGGUUUCACCACUGCAACUGAAUUUCAUCAGCAACGGUCAGAAAUUAUACAGAUCACUACUGGCUCCAAAGAGCUCGACAAACUUCUCCAAGGUGGGAUUGAGACUGGUUCCAUCACAGAAAUAUUUGGUGAAUUUCGAACUGGAAAGACACAAAUUUGUCACACAUUGGCUGUAACUUGCCAGCUCCCCAUAGAUCGAGGUGGUGGUGAAGGGAAGGCCAUGUACAUUGAUACGGAGGGAACUUUCCGGCCAGAGCGAUUGCUGGCAGUAGCUGAAAGGUACGGCCUGUCCGGCAGCGAUGUCCUAGAUAACGUGGCAUAUGCUCGAGGCUUCAACACUGACCACCAAACCCAGCUCCUCUAUCAGGCCUCGGCCAUGAUGGUAGAGUCCAGAUAUGCAUUGUUAAUUGUGGACAGCUCCACGGCCCUCUAUAGGACGGAUUACUCCGGCCGAGGAGAGCUCUCGGCCAGACAGAUGCACCUCGCCAGGUUCCUUCGGAUGCUUCUGCGACUUGCUGAUGAGUUUGGUGUGGCCGUGGUGAUCACGAACCAGGUGGUGGCCCAGGUAGAUGGUGCGGCCAUGUUUGCUGCAGAUCCCAAAAAACCCAUCGGAGGAAACAUCAUUGCACACGCCUCAACGACCAGGUUGUACCUAAGGAAAGGACGAGGAGAAACCAGAAUUUGCAAGAUCUAUGACUCUCCUUGCCUUCCAGAGGCUGAAGCUGUGUUUGCCAUUAAUGCUGAUGGAGUGGGUGAUGCAAAAGACUGAGGCGCUACGUUUCUUUUACUUUUCACUUAUAAAACUGGAGUGUUGCUUUAUAAAGAGGACUCUUCCUUAGAGUCCUUCACAGGCCUUUUCCUGUUGUGUUGGCCCUAGAGGAGACUUCCUAAAAGAGACUUCCAUGAAAACACAUUGUAUUUGACCAUCUGGAGGGGUAAACAGGAGACUGGUCAGCUGUCCUGACCUGCCCUGAAAUGCUGAUUUCUUCUGGGGUUUAUUGAUCUUCACAUGAUUUCUCUGGUCUUUGAGGGAGGUGAGGAGCAGCUCUUCCCAUGAUGAAAUGCCACCGGGUGAGCUUAGGACUUCCAUUUCUCCAAGUAUCUUUUUUACAUUUGGCCACCACUAAGAACUUGAAAACAAUGGGCUCUUACACCCCCACCGUCUUUAAUGAUGAAAAUAAAAUGGCCGGGCACUAUAACAUGUGGUAUUAAUAAUCCCCUUUUUAUCCCAAGCUUCUCACAGGGUCUUGUUUCUUUGACAGUAAAAAUACCUUCAAAGUUGUUAGGCAUCUGGGGUUAGUGUUGUGAUUUUGCAUAUGAGAAUUUGCACCCUUUGAGGAGGGGAGUCUUUUUCUUUUAAGAUAAAGGAAGGAGUCAUGAGGAGGAAGCCUGGGUUUGUAAAGCCACUUGCUUGGUCCCAACAUUUAGCCCUUCUGGGGUUUGGGGCAUUUCAGGAACCCUUUGAGAGGGAUUUUGAACCCAAUAAUAAAUCCUUGUUGGAUAUCAGAUUUUUGAGGCCAUCUAUGGUAGCUGAACAACCUUGGUUGCUAGUCUUCUCAUUGGGUUGAUGUGAUGGCUGCUGCUUGUUCCCCAAGCCACAAAGCUUGUGCCUAUAUCCUUCACUUUUUUCUAGACAAAAUAGAACCCAUAGAGCCCAAUUUUCUAAUCCUGAUUUUAAAACGAUUGAGAAAUGAAUGUGACGUAAAAGCAAAAAGCAUCAAUAAAAUAGUCCCAAAGACUAUGGUCCAACCUGAACUUGUAGUCAGGUGGAACAUCAGGUGGGGAAGCAACAAGACUUUUCCUCUAGAUUGUAAGCUCACCCAUUGUAGAAUUCUACCACUAGGCCAUCUCCUUACCUACAACAUGAUUGGCCAGACAUCUUCAUGGAUCUUUUAGAAUUUAACUUCUGCUCCUCACUCACGAGAGAGUCAGGGAAAGGACUCUGGUCUAUGGCUAGGGAAAUGAGAUGCCAAAGGAAGCCAAUUCUCCCAGAAUUCAUGUAAUCCAGAAUCUUAACUAUUUAUAAAAUUCCAGUCUUUGCUUUCCUUGGUUUGGAGUUCUUGGGCCAGCCCACUGGAGUGGAUGGAGUAAGUUGUGGUUAAGGAACCAGCUGGUCAACCUAAAACUUUUUGGCGUUAAUUCUUGCCCCCAAGUUUUUUUUCCAGUGUUUUUGGCACCAUAUACAUAUCUGCACACACACAUACACAGGCCACAUGUGCUGUGACAUGUCUGUAGACUGGCAGGCCCCCAAAGUGAGACACUGUUGAUGUAGAAUCCAGGUUUCUGCAGGAAGUGGGAAGAGACAUGGGCUAGGGGGAGGGCCGUAGUACCUUAAGUCUUCACUCCAUAGCCAUUUUUGGUUCUUACCCUGGAUUCCAUUUUCUUGCUGACUGCUCUCGUGUCUGUUAAAUAAGUAAAGCUGUAUCUUCCAGACCCCUUAAAAAUGUACAAAUUGUAUUAAAAGUGAGCAUAAGGUGUCUGCAUUGAUGCUUGAUCCAGAUGAGCUAGUUGCUCACCUACAUGGUUUGUAUGGGGAUGUAUGUCUUCUGUGACUUCAGAGCUAAUGUCUUUACUGCUACAACUUUCCACAUAAAAUUUUAAAAUAUU